UUUAUUGUGGCGUUAGUCAGAGUGCCAUUCCUCAGGGAGAGAGGCGGACGCACUCGCAGGGUAAACUGGAUGAAGGCCGCUCCCUGUUUCAACACGGACCUCUCACUAAGGAGUUACAAUUACAAUUAGGGCAUUUGGCAGACGCUUUUAUCCAAAGCGACUUUCCGCCACGGUGGAAGUUUGCGACCAGAUAUACACCUUCACGUGUCUAAGACGCUGCCAAGCCCAACGGAAAAUGCUCCAGAGGCACCUGCCUGUUCUUUUCCCUGGCUACACCUGACACAUGCUGGACCACCAAGUCUUAUCUGAGUCUGAACUGAUGACCGGUCGGACCUCCAGAGCUAGAGGAAACCUCCUACCUUUACCUGUAGGCUGCAGGCUGUCUCAGAGACGAGAGAUUCAGUCUGUUAGGAGAGUCGAAGUCUUCGGUACGCUGCGGAACGUUCAAACGUAAUAUUUCCGAUCGCUAUGGAAACAACCCUGGGGAUAGCAACACCGGCUCCCUGAACGCGUAAUGGCGACGGACGUGGCGACAUGGAGACGUGGCAGCCGUCGUUACAUUCUUUCAUCUGAAGUAUAGCUUUGAAACUGAGCAGUCGUAGCACUAAUGAAUGCAUUGUUUUAUUUCGGCUACCUGAAAGUGAAGAUGUUUGGGACAUUCUGAGGCAUAGUCAAUGCAUCUAGCUUCUCACUGGAGGAAGGGAACGGUAUAGAAUAGGGAUGUACCAUCUUUCAUCUUUCACUGCAUUCUCUUCGGAGACAUUCACGUUUCCGUUAUGUCACGUUUACUAUAUUCUCUUCUGUACGUUUUCCCUGUUUGUUUGUGUACCUCUGCUAUUACAGUGGGGAACUAAUGCAAACAGAUUUUGCAUUAGUUUUGCACUUAAUAACGCUAAACACUAAAUUAUGCUUGGUCGCCACUGUAUCCAAGUAUAUCCUGGAGGUGAUUCGUUAAAUAAUGGCCUUUGUUAUACUUCUAUUUAGCCAAUUCGUUUUCCGCCAUCUAGGCCAAUUCAGAUGGUUCUGAAAGACGAGAUGCAAAAGUAUCAAAAGUAAUCGUGUUGAUUAUUAAGCAAGAUUCAAUGCUGGCAUUCUUCUCAAAUCACCUCUGUCAUGCGUGUACCUGUAUAUGUGUGUGCGUGUGCGCAUGCAUGUAUGGGUUUGUCGCUUGUGUGUGUGUGUGUGUGUGUGUGUGUGUAUAAUCCAUUCUGUUUUCUGUGUUCCAGAAAUAGAAUCUCCAAAUCCAAGUUCAGUCGCUACUCCCGGAGGUGGAACCGGCUCUGCAGGAGGAAGUGUCGAGCGGGCGUCAAAUCCCAGUUCUUCUACUGGCUGGUGAUCUUCCUGGUGUUCCUGAACACGCUGACCAUCGCGUCGGAGCAUCACCAGCAGCCCGACUGGCUGACCGACGUCCAAGACAUCGCCAACAAGGUGCUACUGGCCCUGUUCACGGGGGAGAUGCUGCUGAAGAUGUACAGUCUGGGACUUCAGGCCUACUUUGUGUCUCUCUUCAACCGCUUUGACUGCUUUGUGGUGGGGGGGGGGAUCCUGGAGACCAUCCUGGUGGAGACCAAGAUCAUGUCCCCGCUUGGCAUCUCCGUCCUGCGCUGCGUACGACUCCUGCGGAUCUUUAAGAUAACCAGAUACUGGAACUCUCUGUCCAACCUGGUGGCGUCGCUGCUGAACUCGGUCCGCUCCAUCGCGUCCCUGCUGCUGCUCCUCUUCCUCUUCAUCAUCAUCUUCUCCCUGCUCGGCAUGCAGCUGUUUGGCGGGAAGUUCAACUUUGACAUCACACGCCGCAGCACCUUCGACAACUUCCCCCAGUCCCUGCUCACCGUGUUCCAGAUCCUGACGGGAGAGGACUGGAACCUGGUGAUGUACGACGGCAUCAUGGCGUACGGCGGCCCGUCCUUCCCCGGGAUGCUGGUCUGCAUCUACUUCAUCAUCCUCUUCAUCUGCGGAAACUACAUCCUCCUGAACGUCUUCUUGGCCAUCGCUGUCGACAACCUGGCGGACGCCGAGAGUCUGACCUCGGCCCAGAAGGAGGAAGAGGAGGAGAAGGAGAGGAAGAAACUGGCCAGGACGGCGAGCCCAGAGAAGCGCAAAGUGAACGAGAAGCCGCCACUGAAGGAGGAGAAGAAGGAGAAGAAGAAGGAGAAGAUAGAGCUGAAGUCCAUCACGUCUGACGGAGAGACCAACACCGCCACUAAGAUCAACAUGGACGUCUACGUUGGGGACGAGACUGAGGGGAAGAACCCCUACCCAGCCAAUGACUACAUCACUAAAGUGGGCGAGGAGGAGGAGGAGGAGCCGGAGAUGCCGGUUGGCCCCCGGCCGCGGCCCCUGUCCGACGUCCAGCUGAAGGAGAAGGCCAUCCCCAUGCCGGAGGCCCGCGCCUUCUUCGUCUUCAGCCACACCAACAAGUUCAGGCUGCUGUGCCACCAGAUUGUGAACCACAACGUGUUCACCAACCUCAUCCUCUUCUUCAUCCUGCUGAGCAGCAUCAGUUUGGCUGCAGAGGACCCCGUGCAGAACGACUCCUUCAGGAACCAGAUCCUGGGCUAUGCAGACCACGUGUUCACCGGCCUCUUCACCAUCGAGAUCCUCCUGAAGAUGACAGCCUACGGGGCCUUCCUCCACAAAGGCUCCUUCUGCAGGAACUACUUCAACAUCCUGGACCUGGUGGUGGUCAGUGUGUCCCUCAUAUCGUCUGGGAUACAAUCCAGUGCCAUCAACGUGGUGAAGAUCCUGAGGGUCCUACGAGUUCUGAGACCCCUGAGAGCCAUCAACAGAGCCAAGGGGCUGAAGCACGUGGUUCAGUGCGUCUUCGUCGCCAUCAGGACCAUCGGCAACAUCGUCAUCGUCACCUCACUGCUGCAGUUCAUGUUCGCCUGCAUAGGAGUGCAGCUGUUCAAGGGGAAGUUCUUCUUCUGCUCGGACACGUCCAAGCAGACCAACGCCGAGUGCAGUGGGUAUUACAUCCUGUAUAAGGACGGUGACGUGUUGAAGCCGGAGAGAGCCAAGAGGGAAUGGGAGAACAGCGCCUUCAACUUCGACAACGUGCUGCAGGGCAUGAUGGCUCUGUUCGCCGUGUCCACCUUUGAGGGCUGGCCAGGGCUGCUGUACCGCGCCAUCGACUCCCACACGGAGGACAUCGGCCCCAUCUACAACUACCGCGUGGUCAUCUCCAUCUUCUUCAUCAUCUACAUCAUCAUCAUCGCCUUCUUCAUGAUGAACAUCUUCGUCGGUUUCGUCAUCGUCACCUUCCAGGAGCAAGGGGAGCAGGAGUACAAGAACUGUGAGCUGGACAAGAACCAGCGUCAGUGCGUGGAGUACGCCCUGAAGGCCCGGCCCCUACGGCGAUACAUCCCCAAGAACCCGUACCAGUACAAGGUGUGGUACGUGGUCAACUCCAGCUACUUCGAGUACCUGAUGUUCACGCUCAUCCUGCUGAACACCAUCUGCCUGGCCAUGCAGCAUCACGGCCAGACGAAAGGCUUCAACGACGCCAUGAACAUCCUCAACAUGCUCUUCACCGGCCUCUUCACUGUGGAGAUGAUCCUCAAACUGAUCGCCUUCAAGCCCAGGCAUUAUUUUGUUGACGCAUGGAACACAUUCGAUGCAUUGAUAGUUGUGGGUAGCAUUGUAGACAUAGCCAUCACAGAGGUGAACCCAGCUGACUCCUCCUCGUCCUCCUCCUCGUCCUCCUCUUCCUCCUCUCAUCCCCCCGUGGUAAGGCCAAUGGGACUGCAGAACUCAGAAGAGAACGCCAGGAUCUCCAUCACCUUCUUCCGGCUGUUCCGCGUGAUGAGGCUGGUGAAGCUGUUGUCUCGCGGGGAGGGGAUUCGGACCCUGCUGUGGACCUUCAUCAAAUCGUUUCAAGCACUGCCCUACGUAGCGCUGCUUAUAGUGAUGCUAUUCUUCAUAUACGCCGUCAUCGGGAUGCAGAUGUUUGGUAAGAUAGCUCUGAAGGACGACUCGCACAUCAACCGGAACAACAACUUCCAGACCUUCCCCCAGGCAGUGCUGCUGCUCUUCAGGUGUGCCACCGGGGAGGCGUGGCAGGAGAUCAUGUUGGAUUGCGAGCCCGUGCAACCAUGUGAGAAGGGAUCGACCAAUGGGAACAGCUCCCUCACUGUGGAGGAUUGUGGCAGCCAUUUCGCCAUAUUCUACUUUGUCAGCUUCUACAUGCUGUGUGCCUUUCUGAUCAUAAACCUGUUUGUCGCCGUCAUCAUGGACAACUUUGAUUACCUGACGCGUGAUUGGUCGAUUCUGGGCCCGCAUCACCUGGAUGAGUUCAAGAGGAUAUGGGCCGAGUACGACCCGGAAGCAAAGGGUCGGAUCAAGCAUCUGGACGUGGUGACGCUGCUCCGCAGAAUCCAGCCGCCGCUGGGCUUCGGGAAGCUCUGUCCUCACAGGGUGGCCUGCAAGCGCCUGGUGUCUAUGAACAUGCCUCUGAACAGCGACGGCACGGUGAUGUUCAACGCCACGCUGUUCGCCCUGGUCAGGACUGCCCUGAGGAUCAAGACUGACGGUAACCUGGAACAGGCGAAUGAGGAGCUGAGGGCGAUUGUGAAAAAGAUCUGGAAGAGAACAAGUAUGAAGCUUCUGGACCAGGUGGUGCCUCCUGCUGGAGACGAUGAGGUGACCGUGGGGAAGUUUUACGCCACCUUCCUGAUCCAGGAGUAUUUCCGCAAGUUCAAGAAGAGGAAGGAGCAGGGACUGGUGGCGAAGGUGGCCCCCAAGACCGCCCUCUCUCUGCAGGCCGGCCUGCGGACCCUCCACGACAUGGGCCCCGAGAUCCGGAGGGCCAUCUCCGGGGACCUGACGGUGGAGGAGGAGCCCGACAAGGGCCCCAAGGAGCCGGGGUCGGCCGUCUCCGAGGACGACAUCUUCAGGCGGUCGGGCGGCCUGUUCGGUAACCACGUCAACUACUACGGCCAGAGUGACGGCCGCGCCUCCUUCCCGCCCUCCUUCGCCACCCAGCGGCCGCUGCACAUCAGCCAGAAGGGCUCGCCCUGCGAGGCCGAGAGCCCCUCCCACGAGAAGCUCAUGGACUCCACCACCUUCACGCCCACCUCCUACUCGUCGUCGGGCUCCAACGCCAACAUCAACAACGCCAACAACACGGGCAUGGGCGGCGUGGCGGUGGCGGCGGCCGGCCUGGCCGGCCUGGCCGGCCCGUCGGCGGGCGACCCUGACGGGGUGGGCGACGAGCAGCCACUCACCCCCAUCCUACUGCCCCGGUCGUCCUGGUGCUUCCCCCCCAAGAGCUCGGACUCCAGCGACAGCCGGCUGCCGAUCAUCCAGCGGGGGGAGGGCUCCACCGAGGAGACGUACGACGAGAGCUACGGCGACGAGCCCGACUACCAUGACGACGGCCACUCGCGCUCCUGUGACAUGUUGGUGUACCAAGAUGAUAAGUGCAAGCAGUUGUCGUCCAUGGAGGGGAGCGAGGAGGUGCCAGAGAGGAGAGGAGGAGGAGGAGGAGGGGGUGUGUGUCUGUCUCCAAGGAGAGCCUUCCUCUGUCCAACUACCCUGGGACGAAGGUCGUCCUUCCAUCUGGAAUGUCUGAGGAGACAGCCAAGGACAGACGUGUCCCAGAAGACAGCCCUCCCUCUGCACCUGGUCCAUCACCAGGCGUUGGCGGUGGCGGGGUUGAGUCCGCUCCUCAGACGGAGUCACUCCCCCACGCUCUUCAGUCGACUCUGCUCCACGCCGCCCACCAGCCCGACAGCCCACGGCGGACACGCCUCGUACCAGCAGGUGCCCUCCCUGAAGCUAGAGGGCGCCACCUCCCACGAGAAGCUCAACAGCAGCCUCCCGUCGGUCAACUGUGGGCCUUGGUACAAUGACAGCAACGGGAACACCCGGGUUGGCUCGACCAAUCAGAGGGCGUCGCGGCCCGUGUCACUCACGGUGCCCUCGCUACUCAACCAGGACGCGACCUCGCUGACCCACGGCAGCGCGGGCAGCCUGGUGGAGGCGGUGCUGAUCUCAGAGGGGCUGGGGCGCUUCGCCCAGGACCCGGCCUUCAUCGAGGUCACCAAGGCGGAGCUGGCGGACGCCUGCGACAUGACCAUCGAGGAGAUGGAGCACGCCGCCGACAACAUCCUCAACGGGAACCCCGCCCCCGGCCGCGCCCCGCCCGCCGGCGCCGCCAACGGCAACCUGCUGCCGUACCACGCCGCCGCCGCGGCCCCCGCGCACGCGGAGCCCCGGGGGGGGGGAGGGGCGGCCCACGGACCGUCCUCGGCGGAGGAGCGAGAGGAGCUGCUGGGGGGAGGGGGGGAAGAGGAGGAGGAG